AUGGCACGUUUGUUCAUUUUUAUUGCUCUCCUUGCAUUGACACCACAUGCAACAGGUUUCUUUUGGGAUUGGUUCCGGCCAUCGCAUCCGACCGAAAUAGUGAAUAGUGGUUCAACAAACGCCUGUGAUUACACAAUUACCAUUAAAGGUCACAAUGCGCACUAUGUUGUAUGUGGUAACAGAACUGGUACUGCAAAGCUAUCAGAUAGUGUUAAAAAUCAGAUUGCGCAAGCUGUCAAAGCUGCUGAGCCUCUAGACAAACUUCCUACAAGACCGUGUCCAAAAUCAGCAUCAUUUGGUACAACGACAGUGGUUAAACAUAAGGGGAAAGCAACAGGCGAUAUAUCCUGUGCAUCAACAGAUCAAGUGAAUAAGUUGUUUAACGCUACAGAAACAGUUGUACAACAACUACACCUUAAUCUAGUAAAACAUAUUAUCACGCUGCCGCUCUAA